CUAUAAUGAAAGGCUACUGGCAGAUAAAAGUAAAGAGGAACAGGCCCUGAGGAGACAUUAUUAUGAAGACAUUGGAAAUGGUGAUUUUGGACCAGGUUGGAAAAUAGUUUUUGAUAAUUUUGAUAUGUAUCAAAGAGUUCACGAUAUGACUGAAGAUAAUCAAAACAAAGAUAUUCAUUGGGUGAAUCAUGUCAAAGUUUCAAACAGAGUUUCUGGGAAUGAGUUACCAGAUGAUAAACCAAUCAAGAAUUGUCUUUCUGAUCUUGACAACUGUAAAGUUGCACCAUCUGCAAUAGAACAUAUCUGUCAACGUGCAAACUAUGUAAAUCUUGUUUCAAGG